AUGUCGUCGCCAUCGCAGGAAGAUCUCCCCUCCAACCCCCCGACCUCGGUCUCCACCUCGCGAUCAGGGUCUCGCACGCCCCAGCAACCCACCCCCUACACCCCAUCCGCUGCGUCCUACUUCUCCUACCCUGUCACCCACGUCGUCUCGGGUCUCUAUCGCCGUCUGACAGACCCCAGCAUUGCUGAAGCCAUGCCCUCCGCCGCCCCGUGGUCGACCUCAUCGUCGUCCGAAGUCUUCACACCGCGCCGGACUGCCUCGCCGUUUCAGCCUCCUCCCUUGACACCCCUCACCCUCACCGUGCCCACGGGCGCCGACCUCCUCCAACAACAACUCCUGACACGCGCGCUCGCCGAAGAGAUCCGCCUGUUGGUUCCCCCGCGCCUCCAACUCGCCGACACCUGGCGGCUCGCCUACAGCCUCGAUCGCGACGGCGCCUCACUCGGCACCCUUUACGACAACUGCAUCGAGUUCUCCCACCGCAGCCCGCGGGCGGGCUACGUGCUCGUCGUCCGCGACUCUUCCCCAUCCGGCGCAGUAUUCGGCGCCUAUAUGACCGAUGCCCCGCACCCCGAGUCCCAAUUUUUCGGCACAGGCGAGUGUUUCCUCUGGCGCGCCAGCGUGCUCCCGCCCCCGUCGAGCAUUGGUCUCGGCCUGCCCGGUGAUGGCCUCCAGUCGGAGGAGGCUCUCGAGCGGGCUGGUCUUCCGCCGCCGCCGUCCGCGGAUACCACCCACGCGGGCCGAUGGAGUACGCUGCGCAGCGACCCGCAGGCCAAACAGAAAAAUAACAGCUCCGAAUCCCCCUCCCACAAUCUCAAUAUGAAUAUCAAAACCAACCUCGCUGCUGCUAGUGGUGGGUCCCUUGCGCCGCCGUCUCCUUCGUCUAUCAACACCCCGUCUCGCAGCGGUGCCAGCACACCUGAACGUAUCCGCUUUAAGGCUUUCCCGUACAGCGGUGUUAAUGAUUAUAUGAUGUUCUGCGAGACUGGAUUUUUGAGUCUUGGUGGCGGUGACGGCCACUACGGCCUAUGGGUCGACUCGAGCCUCGAGAAGGGUGUCAGUGCUCACUGCCAAACCUUUGGCAACGAGCCCCUCUCCGAUGAAGGCGAGAAAUUCGACAUUAUUGGGAUUGAGGUGUGGUAUGUCGGCUUAUAA